ACCCAUCAUUGCAGAAACAUUUCACGGUCAUGGUUCUUACCAGUCCAAUUUGAGCUUACCUGUUACUAAACCCAGAGAUGAAAAUGUAGGCACUGCCUCUGAGCAAAAGAACACACAGCCAACUGUGCCACUAAAUUCAAGUUAUUCCAUCGAUAUUAAGAAACUACUGAGCAUCUUAAUUGCAAUUGCAAUCAUAGUAGCUCUGGUUCUUAUUUUCAUCGCAGUGAUUGUCACGUGCAUUUGUUGCAGAACACAACCUGGGCAGAUCCAAAGAAAUGGUUGCAAAAUUUCACUUUGUUUCAACUGUUUCAAAAGUGAAGGACUAACAACAAAGAACGAUUCAACACUUCCAUUAGGUAAGAAUUAUAACUAAAAUCAUUUCAUUAAAAAAGAGAAAUAUAUUUCUCUACCCAUGAGAAUAAUAAUGAGAUAAACAGAAGGGAAAGUUGCGACGAAAAUAAUAUGUGCUUACAUGGUUCAACCUCUAAUAAACAAAUUUAACCAAUCAUUUCUAAAAGCAAUUCAAAAUCGCUCUUGUGAAUUUCAAAGUUAGGUACCUACCACAGAUGAGAUAAUAAUGAUAAUGAUAAUGAUAAUGAUAAUGAUAAUGAUAAUGAUAAUGAUAAUAAUAAUAAUAAUAAUAAUAAUAAUAAUAAUAAAUGUUAUUUAGCCAGGGUUAUCUCUUCAGCAUAAAAUGCUAUCAAUGAGGGCCCUGAAAAAAAAACAAAAAAUAAAAUAAAAAAUAUAUUUAUAUAACUAGCCUAAAUUACAGUAACUAAAAAUACACUUAAAGUUAAAAAUACAACAAGAUUAAAAAAAUUGUUUAAAAAAGGUAAAAUACAGCAAUUAAAAUGCAUUUAAAAGCUAAACUAGCUAACACAAAAACUUAACAAGUAACUAAAAAACUCUUGAUCUAUAUAAUUCCAAAAUACGAGUUUUAAAAAUCACAACUGACUUAGAAUCCUUCAUUUCACUUGCAAUAUUAUGUUAACAUGUUAAACGUUAUGUACAGCAAGGAUCAGAGCUAGGACCUCUACUUUUUCGUAUAUGUAAGAACGUUCUUUUGUAGAUGUUACAAAUUUGUUUUUCAGUAACAGAAAUAUGCAAACCUUGUACAAUUCCAUGAAACAGAAACAAAAAAAGAGAAAAAAAAAUCAUUGUACAGCAAUCAAUAUAACUUAAUGGCGAAGAAAUUGACAAAGUGAAAAGAACUUGGGCUAAAUAACUAUAACCAUACUUGGAAAUAUCACUAUGUCAGAUAUCAUCUAAAAUAUCCAAAAUGACAUGACUAAUUUCAAGGGUAAGGCACUGUGGCUAUCAAACGCUUAUAUAAUGUAAGAUACUACGAUAUAUCUGCACCUAUGAUAAGUAACAUCAUACAGACCAGUACAUUAAGAUGGCUCGAUACAGUUUUUCAGGGCCAAUACCCCCCAAGUUUGAGCAUAAACUACGUCGCCAUAAACAAAGUUUUGGAAAAAUUGCCACCACAGUUGUAUAGAUGAAGAUGAAAAUUUGUUAUGAUCAGGGUUGCAACGGCAUAGGAGUUGUCAUACAUACUAAUCAAACCCUUCUUUCUAGCAAUCGGCUGGAGCUAUCUCCCAUGAUCUUUCACACAUGCUUUUAAAAAGAUUGAAACUACUAUGAGGUAAAAUUGCAUGUCAAAAGCGCUUCAUUUUCUACAGAUAACAGCCAAACAACAAUAUUGUCCAUUGUUAACUGUGUUUCGAACAAUAAAAACUUUAUCCCAAAAUAUCUCGAUAAUGCUCUUACAGAUUUCGCUUAAACUUCACGAACAUCGAGGCUGCUAUUGGAGGAAAAAGCUCCCGUGAAUGAUUUUCGAAGAACAGUUUCCAGUGCCGAGAUAUACUGCUGCAAGUAAAAUAGGUAAUAGCGUCAUUUCGUUGCUAUGACAACUCCGAUGCCGUUGCAACCCUGAUCAUAACAAAUUUUCAUCUUUAUCUAGUACAACUGUGGUGGCAAUUUUUCCAAUACUUUGUUUAUGGCGACGUAGUUUAUGCUCAAACUUGGGAGGUAUUGACCCUGAAAAACUGUAUCGAACCACCUUAAGCCCACUAGACUUGUAUUUGAUUUAAAAAGACUGCACUGAUUACAAUGUAUGAGAUUUCAAAACGAAGAUAUGAAUCAACAGAAUCAGAUUUUUCAAACCUUCGGACUAUAAUUUGAUUAUUGUUGUUAUUAUUAUUAUAAUAAUUGUUAUUGACUUAUACAUUAUAACACUUUUUCAAUACUUCAAUGGAACAUUACCUACAACUUUUAAUAAUAUAUUCACAAGGAAUAAACACCAAAUCAGCUGACAAAUUAUAGUUUAUUCUCUGUAAAAUAAAGAAGGGCUAAUUCAUGGAACAAUCUAUAUCAUAACUUCAUAAAUUUAGUCAAAUGCACUAUUGAUUGUUGUUUAACUAUUGUAAGUAUCAGCAAAAACAAUUUGUUUGGGGAUCUUCCUUGAAAUCUAAAAUCUACUGCACUUGCAUAGUUUACAGCAGGGGCGGAUCCAGGGGGAGGGUGCAGGGGGUGCGCACCCCGCCCCCUGGGAUGACCUGCGGCCACUUUCUAAUUAACACUGUGCAGUCGCUUGACAGACAUACAAAAUCUGCUCUAUCGUUUGAUAUGUAUUCUCAGCAGUUCACAUUAUGUUAUUUCCUCGUCAAAAGCCCUCUUCUUCGUAUUCGCUUUUAAAAUUUUUUACGUCAUCGGUCAGUUAGUGGUGCACCCCCUGCUAAGAAAAAUCCUGGAUCCGCCCCUGUACAGUAUUGUAUUUAAAAAUGAUCAGCGAAGUCAAGUAUUUAAGAGAACUAUUUCAUAUUAACUUUAAAUUGCAACAUAAACUGCAAGGCCACUUUCUGGUAAUAUUAAUGGUUUAUUACAAUCAUCACAUUUUAAUUGGUAUAAUGAAACAAACAAUUUCUCCCUGACAAGCUAGAUUAUUCUCUUUGAGAUUAUUCUCUCUUGCCUCUGAAAGAUAACACAGACAAACUUUAAGUUACAAUGCAAACGUUAAGUUACAGAUGCUAGUAAAUAUUUCAAAAACUGUAUAUUUAAAUGUCACGGAUGAAUAAUUUAAUGGAUUAAGGAAUAUUAAUGUUAUUGACAAUUUGUUAUAAAAAUAACGAGAACCCUUUUAAAGCACAGUUUAAAAGUAAUGUAUUGUUAGGAAAAAAGCGUUUCCAUUAAUACUUUGGUCCAGACCUCAUAUAAUUGUUCAAAAGUUGUUAAAGGAGUUAACCCUAUCAUGCAACUUUGACUGGGACCAGGCAAACACGAACAGGGUACUCUAAAGUAAAAUAUAACGGAUUAACAAUGGUUUAGCGUGAAGGAGAUUUACAUUAAGCAAUUAAAACUCCUAUGCAAAGAAAAACUGCCACGCAGCCCCUCUAGACACACACAUUUCAAAUGAUUUAACCUCUGUUCGCUGCUGAAAUCUGCAACGUAUUUUAGCUGUCCUGGCCUCACAUAGUGUUCUUGUUUCUUUGAAAUCAGUCAGUGAAUUUUAUGAAGUCCCAUCUGACUGUGACAAUAUGGCUGAAAAUAUCUUAGCUGAAGUAGAUUCAGAUACUGCUAGUCUCCAAGGUAAGAAAAUAGUUUAUUUUUCUCUGUUUAAUUCUUUUCUCUGGGAUGUAACCCUUAGCAACCACUUCUUCAAUCCCAAUCUGGAACGUCCACUUUAAGUUGUUACUAAUGAGCUUUUUUAAUUAACCUUAUUUUUUCUCCACACCUACUGUGUAAUUCCCAAACUAACUGUAGCCAUCAUUUAUGUCAGUAUCAAUAUCAAUAAUAACUUAGGUCGCACACUGCACAUAUUAUAGCGUGUGUCAACUUAAGCAGUUAACAAUCAAACUUAGUUUGCAAAAGGAAUUAAUGUUCAUCUCGCAAAAAUAUAAUAUUUUGUUAAAUUAAAAAUGUAUAAUGUUUCAGGGUUCAAUCUGGAGGAUAUACCCCUGGACCUUGAAGAUGUAAUUGUUAAAAAACUGGAUCAUUGCCGCAAUGGGGAAAGAUUAACUGGAUGGGAAAAAGUUGGUGUAAAAUUUCACAUUGAUCAAGACGUUCUUAAAAACUUGGACAAUGAAUUCAAGAGCCCUGGGGGAAGUGCCACUAGAGCUUUGCUAUGGUACCUUGGAAGUCGAGGUAGAAAUGUUGCUGAACUUGUCAACGCUUUGAAAAGUCCAGAUGUAAACUAUAAAGACGUUGCUAUAAUUGUACAGCAAUACUACAGAGAUCAAAGAAAUUAA